CACCGUUGUCUUUUUUUUUUUUUUUUUGGUUGUUCGUUCCUCGUGAAUCAAAACACUCUUCACCCGCAUCGGUAUCCACUCGGUACGGAAGAAAAAUCAAUUUUCGGAUUGUAAUCCGCGUUUUUCGGAUCUUCCCCCGUGAAGAUGUUACCGUUCCUGCAGCACAGUAGUGAUGCAUAGAUUUACGGCUAUUAGCCGGGUGUGGUGCGAAUCGGCUCGCCGGUUAACCGCCCAUCACAGUUCACCGCAAGCCCAUCAAGGACACCUACAAAUCGUGCGAUUGUACGUCAAUAAAGCCCCAGUUGAUCAGCUGAAGGUAACCGCAUCGAAGACCCUACCUGACGAUAAGAAUGGAUUGGGGAAGCAAGCUACACAUGCUGUGCCAUUGGCGGUUCCGGUAAUCGUACCGCCCACUGCAUUGGAUCCCAAAGCUUUAGUCAAUGAAAUUUCCAAAACUAUCAGCCUGGCGGCGGACUCGAAAGGCCCGAGCAAGCCAAAAGAUGAAGUCGUCGCUUCUAUCACCUCGUUACCCGGAUUCAGUCGAUUGAUUUACCACUACCUUAUGCUGUCCAAGAUCCGGCUGACGUCUUUGGUGGUAAUGACAACGAUGGCCGGCUACGCCAUGGCACCAGCACCGUUCGAGUUGUCCACGUUUCUGCUCUGUUCGGUGGGAACGACGCUCGUUUCGGGUGCGGCCAAUUCCAUCAACCAGGUUAUAGAGACUUCGUUCGAUGCACAAAUGCCUCGCACUAGGAACCGGGUUCUGGUCAAAGGCCAUUUGAGCCGCCUUCACGCAGUUGGAUUCGCGCUGGGCGCCAGUUCGAUUGGAGUAGGAAUGCUGUAUUUCGGUGUCAAUGAGCUGACUGCAUUUUUGGGAGCUGCCAACCUGAUUCUGUACACCAGCAUCUACACCCCGAUGAAGCGAUACAGCAUCCUUAACACCUGGGUAGGUUCGCUGGUUGGCGGCAUACCCCCUCUGAUGGGAUGGGCUGCUUGCACCGGAGACCUCGGCGUCGGUGCGUGGAUCCUCGCUGGUUUGCUCUACUGUUGGCAAUUCCCCCACUUCAAUGCCCUAUCGUGGAACAUUCGUCCAGAAUAUUUGAAAGCGGGUUACAAAAUGAUGGCAAACUCGCAUCCAAAACUUUGCACACGGGUUUCGUUGCGCCAUACUGGCUACAUCACGGCACUGUCCCUGCUCGCUCCUGCCCUUGACGUGACAAACGUAUGGUUCGCUGUGGAGUCACUACCAGUGAAUGCUUACUUUGCAUACCUUGCCUGGGAUUUCCACCAGAAAGCAGACAGCAAAAGCUCACGGAAGCUGUUCCGGUAUUCCCUGAUCCAUUUGCCCAUCCUGAUGGCGCUGUUCCUGCUCAACAAGAAGCAUUGGAUAUUCUCGCAGGAGAAGAACACAGAGGAUACCUUGCCUGCCGCCGUAGCAGCGCCAGACGUCACGGAGUUAGUCGAGGAUGAUAAGAACAAGAAAGAGGAGUACUUGGUACCAAAUAUUGUGGUUGAGGUGGGCAAUCUUGGCGCGACUGGUGGCAGCAUCAAAGCGAUCGAGGAUAACCUUCUGACCAACGUUGCGAGCGUCUUGCCCAGCACAACUGCUGGCAAACAGAAGCUAUGAUGAGUGCUGAGAUACAUUAUAUUUAAAAUGUUGUAAUUUUAAACACUACGAGAAUAAACUUAAAGCGCGGAUCCUCACUAAA